AUGGCGCGCCCCGCGGGCGUCCGGCUCCCUGCCCUCGGCGAGCAGCUCGAGAGGCCGAGGCCGGUGCUGGCGUGGACGGAGGCAGCCAGCCCGGCGGCCGCUCUGAGGUCGAGGCAGCCUUCGAUUCCCAGGAUGGCCCGCGGGAACCCUUGCGUGGGCUUGGGGCUCCAGUGCUCCGUGCUGGGCAAGCCGUCCGGCGGCCGUGGGGGCGCCGCGCCGGGCUUUGGCGCCCUCGGCCCCGGCAGGUGUCGCAGGCCCCAUGGGCUGAGGCUUCCCGGGUCUGUGGCUCCGUGGGCUCGCGACCUCCCCGAGCUGCAGAGGCGCGCCUCCGAGCCUCGCCCAUGCAGCGGCACGUCGGGCCAGCCCCUGGCCGAGGCGCUCGCGGCGCCCGAGCUGCCCGGAGUGGAGUUGGCCGCCAGCGAGGCCACGAGCGACGAGACGAGCGACGCGGAGUCGAGCGACACGGAGUCGCGCGACCAGACGAGCGGCACGGAGGCGUCUGCGGACCUCUCCGAGUGGUCCCCGAGCCCUCCCGAGGCGGGCGCCGGGCUCCGCCGAACGGGCGCGAUCGCCCGCGACGAGGACGAGCGGCGCUGCCCUCGACGACCGCACGCCUGGCCGACCUCGGCGGCCGCGAGCCCCCUCGGCCAGGGCCUCUGCCGCAGGGCGCCGCACCCCGAGGGGAGCCAGGGGGCCCCGCGCGCCGCGUCCCUGCGGCGGGCCGGCGGCGAGCCGGCGCCCGCGCGCCCGGGGGGGGAGGCGCCCGGCGGGGCCCGCCCCGGCUGCGCCGGGAGGUCGCUGUCGGCGAGGGGCAGCAGGCCCCCGCGCUCCCCGGGCACCUGCGAGGCCCGGGCCCGGGAGGUCCACCCGCAGGGCACGCAGCCGGCGGCGGGGCGCCCGGUGGCCCGCGCCCGCCGUGUCUGCGACGGGCUCGCCGCGCACCGCUGA